UUAAAAUGAAUGAUACAUGUAUCUGUAUUAUGAAUAAUGAUAUUAAAUGUUUUCGUAUAAUAAAUAUGUGUAUUUAACUAACAUGUAUAGUUUCUGAUUAAUCAUAUAACCUUUUUAUUAGUUAAUUAAAGCACAUGUGAUACUUUGGAUUAACCAAGUGAUUCAAGAUUAUAUACAUAUAUAUAUAUUAUAUUAUUUUAUCGUAUUUCAUAAAUUUUAUUUGCAUUAUAAUGAGAAUAUGAUUAAAAAUAUCUCUGGUACAAUUUUACGAAACUAUUUCACGAAACUAUCUGCUCUAUCAGGUAACUUAACCUAUACGCCAACGUGGUCACAGAAAUUUGUAACAAUGACAGAACAUGUGAAAAUCGGAACUCAUGAUGGUUGUUUUCAUUGUGAUGAAGCACUCGCUUGUUUUAUGUUGAAAACAUUGCCAAGAUAUAAAGAUGCAAUUAUAGUAAGAUCACGGAAUAUGAACAUUUUAAAUACUUGUGACAUUGUGGUUGAUGUUGGUGCGGAAUAUAAUCCUUGCAAGCAUCGUUAUGACCAUCAUAUGAGAGAUUUUAAUGAAUCGGUAAGCACGAUAAUUAAGAAACCAGGUUAUGAUUGGAAAGUAAAAUUAAGUAGUGCUGGUUUAAUAUAUUGUCAUUUUGGUCAUGAAAUUAUCAAGGAAUUAAUUCCACAAGCAAGCGAUAAUGACAUAGAAAUAAUUUUUAAACAUAUUUAUAAUACAUUCAUUCAAGAAAUUGAUAAUAUAGAUAAUGGAAUUUCUAUAUGUAAUGAAAGUGCUAAAUAUCAAAUUGUAACAGAUUUAUCUUCUCGUGUUAAAUUCUUAAAUCCACCAUGGAAUAGCAAAGAUCUUAAUCCUAAUACUCAAUUUUUAAAAGCAAUGGAAUUAACUGGCCAAGAUUUUGUACAACAUGUAAAUUAUACAGCAAAUGUUUGGUUACCAGCUAGAUCUAUUGUAGAAGAAGCUAUUGCAAAACGCUUUGAGGUUGAUCCUAAUGGAGAAAUUAUAGAAUUAUCACAGUGUGUACCAUGGUUUCAGCAUCUUUUUGCAAUAGAAAAAGAACAAAAUAUAAAACCUUUAUUGAAAUAUGUGAUUUUUAAAGAUGAUACUUAUAGACUUAGAUGUGUGCCUGUGGAGCCUGAUAGUUUUAAGUGCAGGUUAUUUUUACCAGAAUCUUGGGCAGGUUUACAAGAUGAAGCACUUGUAAAUGUUUGUGGAAUUGAAGGUGCUACUUUUGUACAUUCUUCUCGAUUUAUUGGCGGAAAUCGAAUAAGAGAAGGAAUAUUAAUGAUGGCGCGUAAAGCUCUUGAACAACAAAGAGUUACAUAAUAAUAAAUUUCGUUAAGAUUUAUAGAAUUUUAAUUGUUUAAUUAAGAAAAUUUUAAAUUUAUAAAUUUUAAUCACAUUCAAUAUUUCAUAUUCCACGAACUUCAUAUUUUUUAUUAUCUAAUAGCUUUUAAGUAUUAUU